AAUAUUGAAAGAAUUAAACAAAUGACAUUUAAUUCUUAUGAAUUAAAAAUUUUAGAAUCAUUAGCUUUACCAACACAAAAUAAUAUAACAUUUGAGGAUAUUGGAGGACUUCAAGAAAUUAUUAAUGAUCUUAAAGAUUCAAUUUUCUUACCAUUAGAAGCAGCAAAACAUUUUAAGAGAGAACCAUCAAAAUCAAAUAACGAAGACCUUUUCAAUGUACCAAAAGGUAUUCUUUUCCACGGUCCACCAGGCACUGGUAAAACAAUGAUGGCCAAAGCCAUUGCAAACUAUGCCGGUUACAGCUUUUUAGCUAUUGAUCAUUCAAUUUUAGAUCAUAAAUGGUAUGGCGAAACUGAAAAAAAUGUAGCAGCAAUCUUUUCAGUAGCAAAAAAACUUCAACCAACAAUCAUUUUUAUUGAUGAAGUCGAUUCAAUGACAGGUAAUAGAGAUAGUGAACAUGAAGUAACCACAAGUAAAAAAUCAAUGCUUUUAUCAUUAUGGGAUGGUUUCAAUUCCGGUAAUGAUAAAAUCAUUAUUAUUGGCGCAACAAAUAGAAUAGAGGCUAUUGACAAAGCUUUUUUAAGACGUUUUGAACGUCAUUUUUUAAUAAAAUUACCAGACGAAAAACAAAGAAAACAAAUUUUACAAAUUAUAUUAAAAGAUUACGUUGAUCCAGAUUUCGAUUAUAAUCAACUUUCUCGUGCUACAAAUGGGUUUUCAGGUUCUGAUUUAAAAUCCUUGUGUAAAUCUGCAUUUAAUAGUAUGUAUUAUUAUUUUUAUAAUAAAAUAUUUUAA